CGCGGUUAGAAAUGAGACAAAAAUGAAGGAAAGAACGAGGUUGAUGUUGUUGUUGUUGAAGUUGUCUUAAACAAAUCAAACAUAUAGAAUCAUAUCACAACAAACAUAAACGACAUUCUCACAAGUACAACUCUUUUGGAGCAAUCAAUAUGAAAAUGGCAAGUCAAUGUAUGUCAUUUUCAACGUCUCUUACAAUCCUUUCUUCCUCAUUUCUUCUUAUUUAACUCUCUGCCUUAAUUAAACCAUUUCUCUCUAUCUUCUUCAGCUCUCAAAUACACUCAGGUAUUUUCAAUGAACAGUCUCAAGUUAGGUGUUGAAGUUGUUGGUGCUCAUGAGCUUAUGUCCAAAGAUGGACAAGGUUCAUCUAGUACUUUUGUAGAAGUUCACUUUGAUGAUCAGAAAUUUCGCACGACGACGAAAGAUAAAGAUUUGAGUCCCAUUUGGAAUGAGACAUUUUACUUCAACAUCACAGAUCCAAGAAAGUUACCAAACCUCAAUCUUGAUGCCUUCAUAUAUCACUAUAACAAAAUCAAUGGCUCCACAGUCUCCCUUGGUAAGGUUAGGCUCACUGGAACCUCAUUUGUUCCAUAUUCUGAUGCUGUUGUUUUGCACUAUCCUCUUGAAAAGAAAGGCAUUUUUUCGAGCACAAAAGGUGAACUUGGUUUGAAGGUAUUCAUUACAGAUAACCCUUCUUUAAGAUCUUCAAACCCUCUUCCUGCAAUGGAAUCAUUUGUCAAUGGACUGAUCAACACAGAUGAAAAUCUUACACAAGAUCAGGUACCAGAAUCUUUUACAAGUCAAAUGCUCAACAAUGUGUUUAAAAAGAAAACUGAUCAGUCAAGGCACACACUUCACAACCUUCCUAAAUCAAAUGAUGGAAAAGAAAAGAAAUCUUCGGCUGCAGCCACUGCUGCAAAGCCUGAUGUAAUAUUUGGGAUGCAUGCGAUGAAAGCUGGACCAUCUGCUCCAAAGGUUGUUCAAGCAUUUGCAACGGACUAUGCAGUGAAAGAGACAAGUCCUUUUCUUGGAGGAGGGAAAGUUGUUGGUGGAAGAGUUAUUCGUGGUGAGAAUAAACCAUCUAGCACCUAUGAUCUUGUAGAACCAAUGGAGUACCUUUUUGUACGAGUUGUGAAAGCUCGAGACCUUCCAACGAUGGAUUUUACAGGUAGUCUUGAUCCUUAUGUGAUUGUCAAGGUUGGAAACUUCAAAGGAAUUACCAAUCAUUUUGAGAAAAACCAAAGCCCUGAAUGGAACAAGGUGUUUGCAUUUGCCAAGGACAAUCAACAAUCAACUACUCUUGAAGUUUUGGUCAAAGACAAGGACACAAUACAUGAUGAUCUUGUUGGAAUUGUGAGGUUUGAUCUGUAUGAUGUUCCUAAACGCGUUCCGCCUAAUAGUCCUUUGGCUCCUCAGUGGUAUAGGAUUGUGAACAAAAGUGGAGAAAUGAAAAAUGGGGAGAUAAUGCUUGCUGUUUGGUUUGGAACACAAGCUGAUGAGGCUUUUCCUGAUGCUUGGCAUUCUGAUGCAAUGUCUCCAAGUGGAAGCUUUCCAGCUAACUAUGCUCAGGUUCGGUCGAAAGUCUACACAUCCCCGAGAUUAUGGUAUUUACGAGUCAAAGUGAUCGAGGCACAAGACUUGCUUCCAUCAGACAAGUCUAGAGUCCCUGAUGCUUAUGUUAAGGUUCAACAUGGUGUCCAAAUUUUGAAAACAAAACCUGUUCAAUCAAGGGUCAUGAAUCCGCGGUGGGAUCAAGGUAUGCUGUUUGUUGCUGCUGAGCCUUUUGAAGAGCAUCUGAUCAUUACUGUCGAAGACCGUGUUGGAAGCAACAAGGAGGAGACUAUUGGCAGUGUUGUUGUUCCAUUGAACACAGUUGAAAAGCGCACAGACGAUCGAUCUAUCCGAAGCAGGUGGUAUCCUCUUGCAAAGACCAUGUCAUCGGCAAUGGAAGAGGGACAAAGAAAGAACAAAGACAAGGACAAAGACAAAUUCUCUAGUAGGAUUCAUGUUAGUGUCUUUCUUGAUGGUGGUUACCAUGUGCUAGAUGAGUCAACUUAUUAUAGUAGUGAUCUUAGGCCUACUUCAAGACAACUUUGGAAAAAACCAAUUGGUGUACUAGAACUUGGCAUUUUGAAUGCUUCUGUACAACCAAACAAAACAAGGGAUGGAAGAGGAACAUCAGAUGUAUAUUGUGUUGCAAAAUAUGGACACAAAUGGGUGCGAACUCGAACGAUCAUAGGCAAUCUUAACCCGAAAUUCAACGAGCAAUACACUUGGGAAGUUCAUGAUCCUUCCACAGUUCUCACCUUAGGUGUGUUUGAUAAUGCACAACUUGAUUCAAAUGACAACAAAGAUAUCAAGAUAGGUAAGGUUCGGAUAAGGAUCUCAACGUUGGAAACCGGUCGCAUUUAUACACAUUCUUAUCCAUUGUUGUCACUACAAAAUUCUGGUCUUAAAAAGAUGGGUGAGGUGCACUUAGCAAUACGUUUCUCAUGCACAUCAGUGGCUAACAUGAUGAGUUUGUAUUUCAAACCACAUUUGCCAAAGAUGCACUACACAAAGCCUCUCAACAUAUUUGAACAAGAAAAGAUGAAAUACCAAGCUAUGAACAUUGUUGUAGCUAGACUUAGCAGGACAGAACCACCUCUUAGAAAAGAAGUGGUUGAGUACAUGUCAGAUACAGAUUCUCAUCUAUGGAGCAUGAGACGAAGCAAGGCGAAUAUAAACCGAUUAAAGACAGUUUUUUCAGGACUAGUUUCAGUUGGAAGCUGGUUAAUAGAAAUUUCAACAUGGAAGAAUUCAGUUACAACAGUUUUAGUGCACAUUCUCUACAUGAUGCUGGUUUGUUUCCCACAGCUUAUUCUACCAACAGUGUUUCUUUACAUGUUCGUAAUAGGUAUGUGGAAAUGGAGGUUUCGGCCGCGUUACCCUCCUCACAUGGACAUAAAACUUUCUUGUGCUGAUGUGACAAAUCCAGAUGAAUUCGACGAGGAGUUUGAUACAUUUCCAACGAAAAAAAGCGCGGAUGUAGUCCGUUGGAGGUAUGAUCGGUUGAGAAGUUUGGCAGGGAGGGUUCAAAGUGUUGUUGGAGACAUAGCAACACAAGGUGAAAGACUACAUGCAUUGUUAAACUGGAGGGAUCCUCGUGCAACAACUGUAUUCAUGUUAUUUUGUUUUGUAGCUGCAUUAAUUUUGUAUGUUACACCAACUCGGGUAGUGUUUCUUGCAGUUGGAUUUUACUUAAUGAGGCAUCCUAAAUUAAGGGGUAAGAUACCACCAGCACCACUCAAUUUCUUUCGUAGGUUGCCUGCUCUUACAGAUAGUAUGUUGUAAAUUCACCCUUUUGUUUGUUUGUUUGUUUUGGAAGUUCUUGCACAAAAUUUACAGGGUUGUUGUCCCUUGAAUAAUUACUCUGGAUAUAAAUGUUUACAUGAUGUGGAAAAUUGCAAUGUGACAGUUUAUUGUUAUAUUAUGUUUUGGUUCGAA